AAAGAAUCCCAAACUUUUUUACACUUCUCGGAUGAAAUUGAGGGGUAGUACUGAUACCCUUGCUAUUAGCCAUGUCUUUUCUCGGAGACGCAAGCUAUGAUACAAAGUAAAUUUCAUUGUCAAGUAUCAUGUUCAAAGUGUUAUAAUGUUAGGUGCAUGGUAAUGUCUCUCAUAGAAUGAAAACAGAGUGAUCAAUAUGCUAGAGUCUGGGAUUAUGUACAUGAGUUGAUGAGAUCCAAUACCUAUAGUAUAGCUAAAGUUACUGUCAUGUUGAAGAUCUACUAGUAAUGUGAUUGUCUAAAGAUGAAAUCAAACCUAGAACCACAUUGAAGAUUAAGUCAAACCCAAAGAGCAGCACCAAAUUGAAGAUGACAUCAAACCAAGAACCAGAUGAAAGUGAUGAAAGAAUCCAAUCACAAUUGCUAGGAUUACGAUCCCAAGUGUCAAUCUCUUCCUUUGGUUAUCAUGACAAUAACCCUAAUUUAAAUCGAAGAUGUUUGGAGGUGCUACAGGAGGUUUUGUUACUUGAGCAUUGGCAUCCAUGUUCAAAGAGUGUUCUGGGAAGAAAUACACAUCUCUUCAUAUUGUAAUCAAUCUUAUCUAGGUUUGAAGUUUGAUCUCUCCGCUUCCCUUCAAAUCUAGAUCUUCAAUUUCAAUUUCAAUGCGUGUUUCUAUAACUAUAUUUUGUAAUUACUUGAAC